AUGAAGACUUCACUUUCUUUCUACGCGAUAUGGAAAACGAUCCCUAGAUUAUUUCCGAGAUAUUCCAGAUUCAUCAGCAAUCCUAUAUCUGCACAGUACGAAGCUGUAAGCCAGGGACAGGGCCAAUUACCAGAGUAUUUCAACUUUGCAAGUGACGUGCUGGAUAACUGGACCCAAGUAGAAAAGGCUGGAAAAAGGUCUUCCAACCCAGCCCUGUGGUGGAUCAACGGAAAAGGAGGCGAGGUCAGGUGGAGCUUUGAAGAACUGGGGAUGUACUCCAGGAAAGUGGCCAAUAUCCUCACUGACCAAUGUGGACUAUGCCAAGGCGACAAAAUCCUCCUCAUUCUCUCCCGGAUUCCGGAAUGGUGGUUGGUGACCAUGGCUUGCAUCAGAACAGGAAUUGUGGCCAUCCCCGCAACAUCGCAACUAACUGCUAAGGACAUUGAGUACCGACUCCAAGCUUCGGGGGCCAAAUGCCUCAUCACUACGGAGGCCUUAGGAUCUGUAGUGGAUUCCGUUGCCCCACAGUGCCCCUCCCUGAAAACCAAGCUGCUGGUGUCUUCUGAAGGCAGGCGAGAAGGUUGGCUGAACUUUGAUGAACUGCUCAGAGAGGCACCUGCCAGCCACACUUGUGCGAAAACCAGGAUGAAUGAUCCCAUGUUGGUUUAUUUCACCAGUGGAACCACAGGGGCUCCCAAGAUGGUUGAACACACGCAAGGAAGUCUGGGGUUCAGACCCAUCAUUAGUCAAAGAUCUUGGUUGUAUACAACCCCUUCAGACAUUGUAUGGGGCACAGCAGAUACAAGCUGGGUGGUGGCUGCCCUGGGUUCAUUUUUUGAUCCAUGGGUUUUGGGAUCCUGCGUCUUCAUCCAUAACCUACCAAUGUUAGAGAAAACGACCAUCCUAAAGACUUUGUCCCAAUUUCCAAUCACCGCUUUUGUGAGUCCUCCUACCUUCUUUCGCAUGUUUUUUGGGGAAGAUUUCACCAGUUACAAGUUCAAGAGCCUCCAAUACUGUAUAAGUGGAGGAGAACCAAUAAGCCUUGAAGUGAUGGAACAAUGGAAGAACAAGACAGGACUGGACAUCUAUGAAUUAUAUGGACAGACAGAAACCGGAUCAAUUUGUUCAGUUCCCGAAGGAAUGAAAAUUAAGCCUGGCACCAUUGGAAAAGCUCUUUCUCCUUACGAUGUCCAGAUUGUAGACCAAGAAGCAAAUAUUUUACCACCUGGAAAAGAAGGUGAAAUAGCGAUCAGAAUAAAACCCGAACGACCCCUUGGUUUGUUCACUCAGUACAUUAAUGCGCCACAAAAAACAGCUGCCACAGAACACGGGGACUUUUUCUGCACUGGAGACAGAGGAGUGAUGGAUGAAGAUGGCUACUUUCGGUUUAUAGGACGAGCUGACGAUAUCAUCAAAUCAUCUGGGUAUCGUAUCGGACCAUUUGAAGUAGAAAGUGUGCUCUUGAAACACCCAGCGGUAGCAGAAGUUGCGGUGGUCAGUAGUCCAGAUCCAGUCAGAGGAGAGGUGGUAAAGGCAUUUGUGGUGUUGUCUACGGGCUACUCAAAACACAGCAAGGAGAAAUUAACCAUGGAACUUCAGGAACAUGUCAAAAAAAUGACUGCUCCAUACAAAUACCCAAGAAAGGUGGAAUUUGUCCAGCAGCUACCAAAAUCCGUGACAGGGAAGAUCCGACGGAAUGAAUUAAGAGACCAAGAAUGGGUCCGAGUUUAA